AUGGGAAAAGAAAAACAAAAACGGAGAAGCAGACAUAAAGUACUGUGUAUACCUUGUGACAAGUCGAUGAACUGGGAGUUUUUCCGGAAUAGUCAUAUUCAUAACAGACAUGGUGGAAAAAGUGUACCGAUAAAAGUUAUUGGGGAAAAUCAGUCGGAUAAAAAUUCUGAUGCGUCUAAGUUUUCUGAUGUACGAAGAUUUUUUGAGCCAAAAACAGCGACGACGUGUAAGGUAAUUUUAGCGUUUAGCUGUCAAAUAAUGUAUUAGCUGCCAAUCACCACCAAAAAUAGAUUGUACGAGAUCUUAUCAGGGCAUAUUGUAUGGGUGUUUAAAAUGAUAAAUUUUACUGUUUGCUGCACAUUUUAAUAAUAAAAUUAUCUACAGGAAACUGGAGUAUUGGACACAAACGAAUCGGUUUAUCCAAAUCAAAUGGAUAUUGUGAAAGAUGUUGAAGGUACCAAUAACGAAAUAGAUCCAGUAGAUGCGGGUAUAGAUAUCAUUAAAUCAACCGAAUCAAGCAUUAAAGAGUCAAUAGCGGAGGUAUAGUGUAAACAGCGAAAUAGGAAAAAAUUGUCUUUCUUUAGUUGUAAGUGUGUAUGAUGUUCUCAAGAUAGUUUUUUGUUUUCUGAAUAUUAUUUUUGGGUUAUGUUCAGAGUGAUGAGUUUUCAAGUGAAGAAGACAUAGAAACUGGCGAUAGAACACGUAAUAGAUUUCCUGAAGAAGUAUGUUGUUGUUGUUGUUGUUGUUGUUGUUUUAUAUGGUUCGCAAUUGGUUGCUUUUGAAUUCUAGGAAUCUUGCUUCUUUCAUUAUUUGAGAAAUUAGUACCUUAAAUUAGUUUAAUUUCUGCAAUUGUUUUAAAUUUUAUCAUAGCCCACAGAUAUGCAAGUUACAAACGAUAUGAUAAAUACUGAUGUGAAUACGAUAAUGUCAGACGAAAGCAUGACAGAAGAAUGCCAAUUUCAAACUACCAAGAAACAUUCACCUGAAACGUUGUUAUGCCUUGCCGGAAAUCUGGAAUUUGUUGCCAGUAAGGUUGCCACACUUUCCUCCCGAUUACGAGAUUCCCGAUACAUCGACAUCGAUGCCAUAUUAAAUGAGAUAAUAUUUACGUCUAAAAAUAUUUCUGAUGCAGUUGAAAAGAUAACUGAGACUGCCCAAGAAUACCUUCAGGAACGUUGCGAUGAAAGUAACCACACUGAUGAUAAUAAAUGUCGUCUUCGCUCAAGUCCACAAACUCGUCGCCCAUUUUGA